AAGAGGCGAAGAAGAAGAAGAAGAAGCAAGAAAGCAAAAAUUCGAAGUUUGUUGAUGUUACUGUAGAGGCGAGAGAGAGAGAGAGAGAGAGUCCAGAACUCACAAACACUCCGGCAUCUUCCUACCGGUGAAGCUCCGUCGUCGCUCUGUUGACUUCCGGCGAUCACCCACAGCUUUCCAAGUUGUGUGGUAGUUUAUGGUGGUCAUAUUGAAGCACUAGAAUUUGAUUAUUUCUAGGUUACAUGGCCAAGCCUGAGCCGAGGGCUCGCACUGUCCUUGAACCGCUGUCAUACUUCAAUCUAUCUGAGCAGUCUCGUGCGCCGGUUAGAUCCCUCGCUAUCUCCAAUGUGUCUGAUUCGCAAUGUUUAAUAUACCUUGGGACUCAGUUUGGAGGGCUAUUUUUGUUCUCUGUAGACAAUAAGGAUCUCAAUGCUGCAUCUGCGUCCGAUCCUUCAAACAACCCUUCGGUCCCACAGAGCAUUAAGUUUGUGCGGAACGUUUUGGUUGGAAAUUCCUCAGUGGACUAUAUACAUGUGUUUGGUGAGAUUGGAAAGCUGUUAGUGCUCUUGGAUGGCUUUUUGUUUUUGGUUGAUUCACUUCUGCUGCAGCCAGUGAAGAAGUUGAGUUUCCUGAGAGGAAUUUCUGUCAUUACUAGGAGGUUGCGAAGUAGUGAAUCAGAGUGCUCGAAUUUGUCAGAAGGUGCUGCCAGUUCAUCAGAGUAUACGAGUACAAGUCAGCGGUUUUUGAAAAAAUUGGGAGGUGGGAUAAGAGCAAAUGGCUUGAAAAUGAAAGAAUCAACGCAGCACCGGGUGGGCAAUCAUGUCUUUUCUGUCGUGAUUGGUAAAAGAUUGAUAUUGAUAGAGUUUGUUUUGAGUAAUAGAGUAGGUAAAAGUGACCAAGACAUCGAUGAUGGGUCUUUUGUUAUUCUAAAAGAAAUUCCAUGUAUCGAUGGGGUUAUGGCCAUGGUAUGGCUCAAUGAUUCGAUAAUUGUGAGCACACUUAAUGGGUAUACUUUGUUUUCAUGUGUUACGGGACAAAGUGGUGUCAUAUUUUCGUUACCAGAUGUUUCUAGUCCACCACGGCUUAAACUGUUGUGUAAAGAAUGGAAUGUUCUCUUGUUGGUGGACAAUGUAGGCAUCAUAGCAAAUGCCCACGGGCAGCCGGUUGGUGGGAGCCUCGUAUUCCAUCGUGACCCAGAUUCUAUUGGAGAGAUAUCUUCAUAUGUUGUUGUUGCAAGGGAUGGAAAGAUGGAACUGUAUCAUAAGAAAACAGGUAGGUGUGUUCAGAUGGUCACUUUUGGUGGUGAAGGGGUUGGAGGGCCUUGCAUUGUUGCGGAUGAGGAGGAUGGAAGUGGAAAACUUAUUGUCGUUGCAACACCCACCAAGGUUAUUUGCUAUCGGAAGUUACCUUCUGAGGAACAAAUUAAGGAUCUGUUGAGAAAAAAGAACUUCAAGGAAGCUAUCUCCUUAGUGGAGGAGCUUGAAUGUGAAGGCGAAUUAUCAAAAGAUAUGCUGUCAUUUGUUCAUGCUCAAGUGGGUUUUCUCUUACUUUUUGACUUGCAUUUUGAGGAAGCAGUGAAUCACUUUUUGCAGUCUGAGACAAUGCAGCCUUCUGAAGUAUUUCCAUUUAUAAUGAGGGAUCCAAAUCGAUGGUCACUACUGGUUCCUAGAAACCGUUAUUGGGGUUUGCAUCCUCCCCCUGCACCUCUGGAAGAUGUUGUGGAUGACGGAUUAAUGGCGAUCCAAAGAGCAAUCUUUCUGAGGAAAGCUGGUGUAGAGACUGUGGUAGAUGAUGCAUUUCUCCUUAAUCUGCCAAGCCGAGAUGAUCUGUUGGAGUCAGCCAUCAAGUCAAUUACUAGGUAUUUGGAGGUUUCUCGUGAUAAAGAGUUGACUCCAUCAGUGAAGGAGGGAGUUGACACACUAUUAAUGUAUUUGUACAGAGCUUUAAAUAAUGUCAAUGAAAUGGAGAAGCUGGUAUCUUCUGCAAAUUCUUGUGUUGUGGAGGAGUUGGAAAGUCUAUUAGAUGACUCUGGGCAUUUGCGAACGCUUGCCUUUCUAUAUUCAAGUAAAGGAAUGAGUUCAAAGGCUCUUGCUAUCUGGCGCAUUUUGGCAAGAAAUUAUUCAUCUGGCCUUUGGAAAGAUCCUUCUUCAGAGAGUAGCUCAGAUUGUGGUGGUACAAAUAUCAUCUCUGGUAAAGAGACUGCUGCAGCUGAGGCAUCAAAGAUUCUUGAGGAGUCAUCAGAUUCACAGCUGGUUCUACAACAUCUUGGAUGGGUUGCAGAUAUCAACCAGGUCUUGGCGGUUCAGAUUUUAACAUCAGAGAAAAGAGACAAUCAGCUCCCACCAGAGGAAGUAAUUGCAGCUAUUGAUCCAAAGAAAGUUGAAAUACUUCAAAGGUACCUUCAGUGGUUGAUUGAAGACCAAGAUUCUAACGACAGUCAGUUCCACACGAUAUAUGCUCUCUCACUUGCUAAGUCAGCCCUUGAAUCAUUUGAAGCAGAAGUUGCCUCCAAAAUCCUCGAUCCUGCAAGGAGAGAGGAAACAAGCAUUUCUGAAUAUAGAAGCAGUGCAAUAUUUCAAAGUCCUGUGCGGGAAAGACUCCAGAUAUUUUUACUGUCUUCAGACUUGUAUGACCCAGAGGAAGUUCUUGACUUGGUUGAAGGAUCAGAAUUAUGGUCAGAGAAGGCUAUACUAUACAAAAAACUAGGGCAAGAGGCACUGGUACUCCAAAUUUUGGCCUUGAAGCUAGAAGACAGUGAAGCUGCUGAGCAAUAUUGUGCUGAGAUUGGCAGACCAGAUGUCUAUAUGCAGUUACUUGAUAUGUAUUUGGAUCCACAAGAUGGUAAGGAGCCUAUGUUUAAAGCUGCUGUUCGCCUACUCCACAAUCAUGGGGAAUCAUUGGAUCCUUUGCAAGUAUUAGAGAGAUUGUCCCCAGAUAUGCCCCUUCAACUUGCUUCAGAGACUAUAUUAAGAAUGUUGAGAGCUAGACUUCAUCAUCAUCGUCAAGGACGUAUUGUGCAUAAUCUGGCCCGUGCCUUAGAUACUGAUGCAAGUUUAGCAAUAUUAGAGGAAAGAUCAAGGCAUGUGCAGAUCAAUGAUGAAAGCCUUUGCGAUUCUUGUCAUGCACGCCUGGGAACUAAACUUUUUGCAAUGUACCCUGAUGACACCAUAGUUUGUUAUAAGUGUUUUCGUCGCCAGGGUGAGUCUACUUCAGUCACUGGUCGCAACUUUAAACAAGAUGUCCUAGUAAAACCUGGUUGGCUCGUGACCCGGUAAUCCAGUGAAAUUUGAUAUGAUAAUGAAACUGAAGAUUGCGGCUGUCGGUCUCUGUGUUUAUGCUGUAUCUUGAGGCAGAGGAUCAGAACUUUCAGGUAGUGGAUUGCUGAAGCGCUCAGGAGGACAAGUGUCUGCAUUUUUCUGUUGGAUACAAGUGACCAAGUCCCAACUUUCUAGUUUGUUGUUCCAUCGAUGAAGACAAUCUUUACGCAGGGUACGUGUUCCUUGUUCAGUUGUUUUAUCCUCAGCAAUCCCAGUUUUGUAAAAGGAAGAAACUGCAAGUACAAUAUCACGGUUACUGGGUUCAUUUGUGACCUGAUUGAAGCUCUAAAGAAACAUGGUAGUUCAGAAGUUUGAGAUCCGGCUAACCAUUCUUGCUCUAUGGCGCCUUACAGCUCAAGAUCAGAGAAUAGAACUGUGAGUUUUAAUAAUGCGAGUUAUAUUGACCAAAUACUGUAUGUAUAAUUGAAGUUCGAGGGAUCAGGAUUCUGCAUUGCUCAGUCUUGUAGAUACACCGAGCAUUGAUCUUCCUGUCUACACUCUUUCUGUCGUCAGCGUUCAAGUUCCCACUAGAGGUUAAAAACAAUGUUAUAUAUUCAAAAUUUUGUCAAAUUUUUUUAACAUGUAUACAAUCAGUGUUCAUUUCU